AAAAACGAACUUACAAGCUUUAACCGUGUCGAGAUAUGAAAUAAUAAAUUGAAAUUUAAAAGUGUUCAAUAUGUCGUGGAGUUCGGGCUGUGUUUAUUUCGUGUGUUUUUGUGCAUUGGUGAGGACUCAAGUGAUCCCAGGCAAGUCCAGAGCUAAUGACGGAGAUUAUAAUACAGUGAACACUGACGGAUCUUUUGAUUUCGGAUACGCAAACAAAGACAGAGGAUCGAGUUAUCACUUAGCACACGGGACGGCCAAUGGUGUCGUCGGAGGUCGAUUUGGUGGUAAAGAUCCCGCCACUGAUACUGUCAAAGAGACUAUAUACACAGCCGGACCGAGAGGAUUCCGUGCAAAAGGACCCAACGUACAUAGACAAUUAGAUCUCGAUCAACGACCUCGGGGUCCGAUCGGGAACAAAGAUGACCCCUUCUUCGAUCCCAAUGAAGAUCCCAGCUACGCUUUCAACUUUGACACCAGAACGUAUUCGAAGAAUGAAAACGCCGAUAGCCGGGGCGAUGUAAAAGGCCACUACUCGUACGUGGACGAUAUAGGAGAACGACACGAUGUAUCCUACAUUGCCGGUCGAGACACCGGCUUCCACGUAUCUUCAGCGCAUCCAGAUAACCCUGGAGUCAUAGGAUCGCCCUUCCAUAGAGCACCGUUGGUGAGAGGAGAAACAAAAGCUAGAGGUCGUACGGCUGUCCAAAGAGGAUUGGAUGGAUCAUACAGGUUCAUAUCAGCGGGCCCCGAUCAAAGGAGAACGGAAAGCAGUGACUCACAGGGUAACGUCAGAGGAUCCUACACGUUUUUGGACGAUAAAGGAGUGCAAAGGACGGUAAACUACAUAGCAGGUCCUGGAAUUGGUUACCGGAUAAUCAAGAACAACAAAGAUGCCAUCCCAUCCUAUUUCCCGACGUUACCUAGUCCAUACGACCCUACAUUCACGAAUGCUGCUCCUGGAGGAUAUUCUCCGCCCGCUGCUCCCGCUGGAGACUCUGAUAGUGAUGAUGUUUUCAAAGGACCAGAAGGGACUGCGGCAUCAGGACAUGUAAAGCCCCCACCGUUUCAAGUAAGCGAGAGCGAGAUACCCGAAGGCCCAGCGGGACCAAUCACAAGCGCUGAAACGGAUAACGCUCCUAACCUCCAAACGGACGGCGGUUAUAGUCAACCGGCUUUCAGUCAAUCUGGCAACGAAGAUCUAGGCUACGUAGACGAAGACGCAGGUUACGGUGGAAGCAAGCCGACGAAAGGACCAGGCAAGCCGGCGCGCCCUACCAACAAGCCUUAUAGGCCGCAGAAGAAACCUUACGUACCGCUAAAGCCUACCCAGACUACAUAUAUAGACGACAGCGAUUAUCCUGUAGAUACAGAUAAAAACCAACCUAGUUUCGGUGUAGGAUACAAUAUUGAUAGUCCGGUUCGACGCACGACUAUAAUUAGGAAUAUCGGGGACAGUUACUUUGAUAUUCCACCGGGCGUCUCUGUUAGGGCUCAUGUUCAGAGUAUAGAUUUGUAUCCUUUUGGUGCUAAGCCGGUAUCCCCAUCUGAAGCGUUGGAAAGCGAAAAAACAUAGGAUAUCUGUUUAUCUUAAUACAGGUCGCCAGUAUUCCACAAGUGUAAUGCAAUUUUUAUGCUAAUUUAUUUAAUAAACA